CAAGUAGGGGGGCCAUUUCUAAAUUCAGGCAAAGCGCAAACGCCGGGCCGCCGCGUAGUAACAUCCAUCCAACCAAUCCGUUCCAUUCCUACGCCGGCUCGGAGACACACACACACACACACACACACACAGAGGGACCGUCCCCUUCCCGUCGCGCGUCGCCUCUCGCCUGCUAGUGCCUGCCCACCCCGCCUCCAUCGAUCGAUCGAUCGGCGUUACGCACGCGUCGUCAAGCAGGCAGUACAUGAGUUUCUAGUGCCCUCCCUCCUCUCUCUAGUCAUAUUUCCGCGCAAUGUCGAAUGCAAAAGCGGUGCUUGAACCUGCAUUUCAAGGAGCUGGCCAUAAACCAGGAACAGAGAUAUGGAGGAUCGAGGAUUUCAAGCCAGUCCCUCUGCCAAAAUCAGAUUACGGCAAAUUCUACUGUGGGGAUUCAUACAUAGUUCUGCAGACGACGUGCAAAGGAGGUGCUUAUCUUUUCGAUAUCCACUUCUGGAUCGGGAAGGAUUCUAGCCAGGAUGAAGCUGGAACCGCCGCGAUCAAGACGGUUGAACUCGACAGCAUGCUUGGAGGUCGCGCGGUGCAGCACAGGGAACCACAGUGCUACGAGUCCGACAAAUUCCUCUCGUAUUUCAAGCCAUGCAUCAUACCCAUGGAGGGUGGUUUUGCCUCUGGCUUUAAGAAGCCAGAAGUGGACAAGUUCGAAACGCGGCUGUAUAUUUGCAAAGGGAAGAGAGCUAUCAGAGUUAAAGAGGUUCCCUUUGCUCGCUCGUCGUUGAACCAUGACGAUGUCUUUAUCUUGGACACUGAAAAUAAGAUAUAUCAAUUCAACGGCGCCAACUCCAACAUUCAGGAAAGAGCCAAAGCGUUGGAGGUGAUCCAACAUUUGAAGGAGAAAUACCAUGACGGAGUGUGUGCUGUUGCAAUUGUCGACGACGGGAAAUUGCAAGCAGAAUCAGAUUCAGGAGAAUUCUGGGUCGUUUUUGGAGGCUUUGCGCCAAUAGGGAAGAAAGCAGUAAGUGAUGAUGAUGUUGUUCUUGAAACUACAUCACCAAGGCUUUUCAGUAUUAGUAACGGCCAACUGAAGUUAGAAGACACUGUUCUUACAAAAUCAAUUUUGGAGAAUACCAAAUGCUUUUUACUUGACUGUGGGGCUGAGCUAUUUGUGUGGGUUGGUCGGGUAACACAGGUAGAGGACAGGAAAGCUGCCAGUGCGGCAGUUGAGAAAUUCAUUAUUAAAGAAAAUAGACCAAAGACAACAAGAAUAACUCAAGUGAUUCAAGGUUUUGAGAAUCACACAUUCAAGUCUAAGUUUGAGUCAUGGCCAGUAAGUAACACGGCAGGGAGUGCCAGCACGGAGGAAGGCCGAGGGAAAGUUACAGCACUCUUGAAGCAGAAAGGUGUUGAUGUCAAAGGAAUAUCAAAAACUAGUGUGCCAGCAGUAAAUGAUGAAAUUCCUCCACCUUUGCUAGAUGGUGGUGGAAAGCUCGAGGUUUGGUGUAUUAAUGACAGUGUGAAGAUUGCUCUUCCAAAGGAAGAACUUGGAAAAUUCUACAGUGGAGACUGUUAUGUUGUUCUCUACACUUAUCAUUCUGUUGACAAAAAGGAAGAGUUCUAUCUAACUUACUGGAUUGGGAAAAAUAGUGUACAGGAAGAUCAAGAGUCCGCUUUUCAAAUAGCUAAUACAACAUGGAAUUCUUUGAAAGGAAGACCUGUCCUGGGUCGCAUUUAUCAAGGAAAAGAACCACCACAAUUUGUUGCUCUUUUCCAGCCAAUGGUUAUUCUUAAGGGUGGUACCAGCUCUGGUUAUAAGAAAUAUGUAGAAGAGAAGGGUCUGAAAGAUGAAACAUAUUGUUCUGAUGGCGUCGCUCUCAUUCAAAUUUCUGGAACAGCAGUUCAUAGCAAUAAAACAAUUCAAGUUGAUGCGGUCCCAGCAUCCUUGAGUUCCACAGAUUGUUUUGUUUUGCAAUCUAAAAACUCCAUUUUUGUAUGGAAUGGAACUUCAAGUUCUGUUGAACAGCAACAGUGGGCUUCUAAAGUUGCUGAAUUUCUGAAGACCGGUGUUGCUGUCAAACAUUGUAAGGAGGGCACUGAGAGCUCUAUUUUCUGGUCUUCUCUUGGUGGAAAGCAGAGUUAUACAAGUAGAAAUGUUGUACCUGAUGUUGUUCUUAGAGAACCUCAUUUGUAUACCUUCUCUCUUAGGAAUGGGAAGCUGGAGGUUACUGAAAUUUUCAAUUUUUCACAAGAUGAUUUGUUGACCGAAGACAUGAUGAUACUUGAUACACACUCUGAGGUUUUUGUCUGGAUGGGUCAGUGCGUGGAGACAAAAGAAAAACAGAAAGCAUUUGACAUUGGCCAGAAAUACGUACAAAAUGCCGUGGCCUUUGAAGGAAUUUCUCCUGAUGUGCCUCUCUAUAAAGUCAAUGAAGGGAAUGAACCUUGCUUCUUCAGGACAUUCUUCUCCUGGGAUAGCACACGGUCCCUGGUUCAUGGAAACUCUUUUGAGAAGAAACUUUCAGUUCUUUUCGGAAUGCGUUCAGAGGGUGGCAAUAAGAGCUCAGGUGAUGGUGGACCAACUCAAAGGGCAUCAGCCUUGGCAGCUCUUUCAUCCGCAUUGAAUCCAUCGUCGCAAGGAAAACAGUCAGAUGAGAGGCCCACAAAACCCAGCAGCACACAGGCGCAGUCUCAUUCAGGCCAAGGGUCACAGAGAGCCGCUGCUGUUGCAGCACUUUCCAAUGUUUUGACUGCAGAGGGAUCGCACAGCCCCCGCCACAGUAGGUCGUCCCCAACAGCAGAUGCUGAGAAGACUGAAUUAGCUCCUGCUUCUCCUCACCAGUUGGAAACAGGGCCUGCAGAAGAUGUCCGGACAGAGCCUGAUGUCUCACAGGAACAAACUGCUAACGAAAACGGAGGCCAGACCACCUUUAGCUACGACCGCUUGGUAUCAAAGUCUACUGACCCUGUCAGUGGGAUAGACCACAAGCGCAGAGAGACAUAUUUGGUGGACAAUGAGUUCGAGACCGUGUUUGGCAUGACCAAAGAGGAGUUCUACGAGCAGCCAAGGUGGAAGCAAGAGUUGCAGAAGAAGAAAGCUGAUCUUUUCUGAACUCACACACACGGCUAGCUACGAAUAAAAGCCCUCCCCGUUGCGCGACCCUUUCUCUCUCCACGGCUGUCGUCCAGCAUUCUCACCAUGCUCGUUCCACGGAUGCGUGAUCACCAGCAGCUUUAUCCGUGAGUUGUAUACUCUUUAUCUGCACACGUUUUGGGCGCGUUAUAUAUAUUAUUAUUAUUCCCCUAGCCCCUCCAUUAUUCUGGAGUCCACGUUCUGGAAGUUGACCUUUCACGUGUUUCUUUUUGUAAUCAUUAAAAAUCAAUUUGUUCAGAUGUCAUUACCAGUGAGAUUUUCGUAUGUAAUGAUGCACUGGCACCAAGGUGUAUGGAACAUUUUUUUUUUUUUUGCUAUAAGACUUGAGCUUCUAUUGUUCUGGCGGUGUUCUACUCGUCUAAUUGAAGGAUCCCCGGCCUCCUCGUUGCUCA